AUGCAACAAAUGAUUUUUUUUUUUCAAUUUGAGAAAGAAAAUAACGAGGACAGAACGGUGGAUUACUGGAGUGCAGGCACGGUGGCGGGAAGUAAGGAGCACUUGGGUACCGUCAAAAAGGCGAGCCCAUCAAGAAAACAGGGCUGCUGCAGUAAUACGCAGUUAGCAGCAGCGGCAGUUGCAACCGUGAUAUCACCGUUAUCGUCAUCUAUCAUAACCGCAAGAUAUGUCGUCAUUGAGCAGCGGUCACAGCAGUACAUCAAGCAUGAGCAGUACCAGUACAGACCUCAGUUCUUGCAACAUUACAUAAAGCCUCCUGGUAAUGACCUAGACAAAUCCAUAACAGUUGAUGAAGUUCGAAAAAUGAAAGUUAAAUGUAAUAUGACAUAA